CGGAAACGGAUACAUAUGAAUAGUCUGAACUUUCUUCGAGAAAAACCUGCUGAAAAUUGGAUUGAUUACUUUGUUGACUCUGAAAAAUUUUCGGCGUUACUCAAUGCUAAAGAUCUUGAGCAAAUUGCGUUUUUGAUGAACCAGUUCAUAACGCAGGCUCAGGCGCUUGAUAAGGAGAAUGAGGAUGUCCGACGUAAAGAUUUAGACUUAAGGCUGCAGUCUGCUAGAAAUUUUGGGAGCGAAGAAAUUGAUUAUGAGAGGCGAAAAGCAAUUCGUCUUUGGCUUUGUGCUCUUGCUUGUUUUGCAGCAGUUGAUUGGAAUAUUGAAUUGGCUAGAAAAUACUGCAAUGUACUGAUGCUCCACUCUAUGUUCCUGCGUCUUAUUGCAUUUACUUUCUCUCUCCAGACUGCGGUCCAAAACGAGGAUAUUUUAAAAGUCAUUUUCGGUAAAAGUGAUAGUCCUGUAGAAACCACUUCUCUACCACAACAUCAUUUCGUAUCCUGGUUAUUUUCUAAAUGGAUAGUUCAUGUUGAUACCAGAGAUCGCAUGCUCGAUUCGGUGUUUAAACCGACUGUUAGCAAUCCGGCCAAUCAGCUUGAUUCUAACCUGGUAUUAGCGGAUCAGUUGCGGACCUGCAUUAUUGAAAUUAGACAGAGGUCUAAUGAUGCCAUUUCGUUUUUGGAAAAUUUGAUACACCAUAAUGCAAGCGAACUUAUGGUGCCCGCAAAGGAUUGUUUCUUGGAGCAGUUGAAAGAGAAUGAUCUUCUCUCAAGUACUGUUUGUGAUGCGGCUUGUUCAGUAAUGCCUAAAUUGAAUUUUGAACUAAAUGUAUUUAGUAUUCCAGAAGCUGAGUGGAAAAGAAUUACUCGAUAUGAUUUGUUAUGUGUUUAUUUCGCAGGUGGCAGGUUGAACGAUUCGAAGUCGCAUCUUUGCAGUAUAAUUAGCGGUUGGUCAUCUGUUGGGAAACCAUCGUCACUAGGGGAAACAUUAACGUAUAUCAAUCAUAAUGUUUUGACUGGUUACUGCAAAGCUCUUGGAGUUGACUGUUCACAAUGUGACUUUAAAAACGAACAUGAAGAAGACCAAAUAAUUAGAGUUAGUUCUGUGUGGGAGCGAAAAGCAGACCAACAAAGUUAUAAAGAUGUUUUGAACGAGUGUCUAGAGGGCUUACCUUUUACGGGUGGCGCUGAUUCACAGUUGCUUUCUUCUGUGGAUGGUGGAUUAUUGAUAGUCAAUGAACUAGUGGAGGUUAUGACGUCUCAGCAAACCAGUCAGGAAAAAAAGAACUGUGCGAGAGUAGUCUUACAGUAUUUUGCUUUACGAGAUUUGGUAUUGAAUCAGAAAAUACUUGAGAUCGAAAAAGAAAGAGGGAUGCGUUUUUUAUGGUUACAAAGUAGGCAAGUUCCUCGAAAGUUUAUUUCACUGCUACCAGAUGCAUCGAGAGUUCAAAGGCUGUUGAGUGGUACUGUGCCGUUCUGGCGUUUAUUGCUCAGUUAUGACGUCGGUGAAGUUAAAGGCUUGUGGCAGCAGAUAGGUGGGAAAUUCACCCAUGCACACAGAUAUGAAGUUAGCAAAAUUAUCGGAGAUAUGGUGCUUCCUAUAGUUAUUAAUUUUUCCAAGCAAGGAAUAAACUGGCCCACCUACGAAUUUAUAUACUUGUUGCUGGGAAAACUUGAAAAUCUUGCCAAAAUUGGGGAUUUGGAAAGGAUGAAUUCGUUUUGUUCAGAGUGUUUUACUGAACUUUUCUCUAUCUGCAAAGAAGAUAAGUUCAAAAAGCGUUUUACGCUCGAUUUCUUGCGGGUCAAGCUAGAAAAUUGGCACGAAAAAACAUAUAAAAAUACGAAUAAUGAGAACAUUUUGCGCACCACACAGGAUCUUCAGAAGACCGUAAAAGCAAUUGUUCAAACAAUGGCUCCUGAACUGAAUACUCAUGCAUUAAGCAAUAUGAUGGUUCAUAUAGUCACUUUCUUCAUUAAUACGAACGAAUGGGAUUAUCUUAUGAAAUUUACUGAAAAGUACGUUCAGAACGCUGCUGAUGUGUGGUGUUGGAAAUCACUUUUUAGAUUGCGCAGUUCAUUCUUGGACGUGGCAAAAGUGCUUGCUGCCUUUAUAACUGCUGACCCAGCCAGAGCUAAAAUGAUUGCAGAUGGCGCAUGGUGGAAAAUUAUGCAUUUAACUUUUGAGGACACUUCUUCGUCAGUUUUUAAUCUGUUAUGGUUGUUUUCAAACUUUUUGGUGCAUGAAAACUUCUUGUUAGUUAGGGUAUUUUAUGUUUUACGGUCACGUUAUUCAAUUUGUAGUAAGCGACGUCGAGAUGGUCCCGCGAACCGGGAAUUUCCAAAGCAUUUAAUUUCUCGUUCUGAAUUUCUUCUUCUUUUGAAAUAUAUAAUGGUAUAUCAAGUGGGUAUUUUCUUGUUUUUUAUGAUUAAGGAACCUCGUUCAAUUGCCUUUCUUCUCAGUUUUCUCGGCAAAAUGUAUAACUGCGUUAUUUCCUCGCUGGGGAAUUCUGAUGGACUCAAUAACAUCUUUAUUGAACACGAUCAUUUUUGGGAGUUACCUCCCUUGUCUUUUUCUAAUUUUAACGUUGCUUACAUAUGUGAAUGCCUGGAUGUGGUACUUACUAAUGCUCUGGUACUAAAUCCUAUUAAUGCAUUUUGGCUGCGGUCCUGUGCUGAUUAUCAUUUUGUUAAUGAAAGGUACGAGGAUGCUUUGAUUCUUUAUAUGGAAACCUGUGUUGCUUGUAGCGAGUCUCUCAUACAGCCUUUACCCGACAAUGUAGUUGACGAUUUGAUGUGGGCUAAAGUGCAACGGUGUCUUCGCUACUGUGGUUUAGAAACAUUAGCGAUGAUCGUUUGUCAGCAAAUGCGCGAUCCUACUGAGCAUUAUGUUUCUUCCGCCAAAAUGUUGUUGGACUCUGACGGGCAUACUCUGGAUGCGUGCGCUGCUUGCUUUCCUGCAGUGAUGUCAGUAGAGUUUCUUGAGUUUGUUAGAUUAUAUUUUCCUUUAUUUUCAGACUCAUAUGAGAAACUGGGUUUGUCAAUGAAAGCACAAUCUUUGGUAAGUCCUAAAUUACAGCUUCGAUGUCCUUCUGCACUAUGUGAAUUUUUUCGCAAAACCUGUAAAUUGCAGAUUAAGGCUGUUGCAGUUCCUGAACUUAACUCUAAUAAUUCUAAUCAAAGCGAAAGGUAUCGUCGGCGAGAGCGUUUGAUGAGACUGCUUUGUUCUCGGGUAUUGCAAAUUCAUUUGUAG